UUAAUUUACUGGAUAAUGGCAGUGUUCACAAAAGCUUAAUGGUUACAUACACUCACAGAAAGGAAAUAGUGCUCAAGAAAUUAGACGCUGCCUGAUCUGCUGAGUACUUCCAAGAUUUCCUGAUUUUAUUUCAAAUUAAAAUCCGCAGUUUUUUUGCUUUUGGAUCGAAAGUAAGCAGCUUGGAAUGGCUACAAACUUUGGUUUCAUACCCAAGGAUUCUCACCAAUCAGAGGGAAAUCUCCAGGAAUAUGGGAAUUAUCAUAUUCAUUAAUGGGGUGUGGAUAUUUCUCAUAAGACCAGCUUUAUUGCUCAUCCCUGACUGUGAAAUGCCUUCUCAAAUUGCUUUUGCUGUACGUUGAAGGUACUCAUUUUUAGGUGGAGAGUUCCAGAAUUUUGACCCAGUAGCAAGUAAGGAAUGGUGAUAAGUUUUCAAAGCAGUUGACCCUGUGACUUGUGGGGAAAUUUGCUAAUGUCAGGGAUUGCUUUCUUGACUUUCAGACAACUGAGGUUACUGGUUUAGGAGGUGCCGUGAAGGAGGUCUGCUGUUGUGCAUCUUUAAGAUGAUACACAUGGUUGCCAAGCUGUACUAGUGGAGGUGGGAGAAAAUAUUUAGUGUGGUGUAUUGGGCGUCCUUCAGCUGGGUUGCUUGGUCUUAUGUGGUGUUGAAGCUGCACUCAUCCAAGGACAUAGUGAGUAUUCCAUCACACUCUUGUCCUUUACCUUAAGGAUUUAUGUGGCUGAUCCAAAUAGGGCUUUGGAUAAUGGCGAUUCUUGGGACGCUGCUGGUAAAGGAUUUGGAGGUAGUAAUGGCAUUGCUCUUCUGUGAUCCAGGGAUUCAUAUAUAGUCUGUGAGUGGACUGUCAACUGUUGGUUAAGGAAAGAAUGGCAAAUAUCUCACUGAAUGCGAGUACACAUUUAUGGGGCCAUAUUGAAUAUUUUGUUUAUAAUGCCUCUCCCUAUUCUUCUAAUCAAAUAGAUCACUUUAGUCUUCUCUAUGUUAAAUUAUUUCUGCACGUCUGUCCAUUUCACCAGUCUGAAUCCUUCUCAAUACAUUUCUGAAUGAUAAAUCAUUGCAAACUUGAAAAUUGUGUCCUGUAACACAAAACUUCCAUCCUGAAUGGCUUGACUGAUUUUCAGGUUAUGUUCUCCUGUUCUACACUCCACCUUAAGCAUAAGAGGUGUCUCUCCCUCUAUAUCACAUCAAUCCUUUCAAAUCCUAAAAUCCUCAUAAAUUAGGGCACACAAGCCCUGUUUAUGCACUCUGUCCCAUGAUCUACUCCAAAAAAUCCUGGCAACCCCUGGUGAUUCUACAUAGUAUUCUUAUAAAACCAUUAGAAUCUUCCUUGAUUCCAGAUUAGUGGACAAGACUCCAGAUGCAGUCUUAAUGUGGCUAUAUAUAGCUGUAGUAAUAUUUGCCCUCCUUUACAUACUAGUCCAUUGAUUAUAAUUGUUAUUUUUCCAUUAGCCAUUUUUAAUUAUUAGGUGUACCCAACCAUAUGAAACAAAAAACGUUUGUAAUAUUCAAUUAAAAUAGAAACUGUUCAGCAGUCAAGCAGAAUCUGUGGAGAGAGAAACAAAGCAAAAUUAGAAAAUGCUGGAAACAUUCAGCAGGUCAGGUCAGGCAGCAUCAAGGGAAUGAGAAACAGACUCAAUGCUUUGGGUCAAGGACCAUUCAUCAGAACUGGAAAUAUGAAUUCAUCUUUUUCUGUAACUGUUACAAAGUAUGGUGAAAGAAAGUUAUUGUUAGGGUCUGCACUGCUAUAAAUUCUAAACAAUUUGGACGGUCAUCACGUUUUAUUGCAACCUCUGCCACGACGAGCAUGAACGUGAAAACUGAAAUUAAAAAAAUACAGCAUUUGAUUAUUAUUGCUUUGUGAAUCACUGGCAUUUUUAAGUUUCCAGAAGACCUGAUGAUGGAGAGUUUAAGUGUAUUUCCAAUGGUUAUGCAUACAACCUUGAAGCAAAAAAAAGUGGACGGAAGACUUUCAAAAUAAGAGUGCAAAAUGCAAUCUUAAACACGCUGUUUUCCUCGCGUUUCCAGUUCGGAUGAAGGAUUGACAGCUCUUUUGCCCUCUCUCUCCACUGCUGCCGAGUGCUUCCAAGGCGGAUUUCACAACCUUUUUUUCACUGGCGCAAAAGCAGCGCUGUCAGGAGUGGGAUUCGAACCCACGCCUCCAGGGGAGACUGCGACCUGAACGCAGCGCCUUAGACCGCUCGGCCAUCCUGACGGUGCCUCCGCAGUGCAGCGCCACUGCUUUUCUCGGUGAAGCGCAACGGCGGGGGUUCAACUGGAAGUUUACUGAUAACUGUAAUAUCCGCGCUCAGGAGGCCAGGAGUAAAUGUGCGGGCGGGGGGGUUAAAGAUAAUUUUUUUUCGUGGGGAGGGGGUCUGAGGCCGGCAGUUUAACUUUAUUCCCGGCUCCAGCUGACCUCCGACCCCCGUCGCUAGGUGAUGGGGGGCCGCAUGAUGGCGGCUCGGUGGCUGAGCCGGGAGGAGGUGGACGACGUGGUGGCUCUGGCCCUGCGCUCCGGCCUCACCGAGCGGGACGUGGCGCAGCUGCCGUCGGUGCAGAGGCUGCUCGGGAGCCGGGGUUGCGGCCGCGCCCCGCGGCUGGCGACGGCGUUGCUGCUGCUGCUGCUGCUACUGCUGCUGCUGCUGGGCCUGGGCGGCCCGUUCCGCCGCUCGGCGCUGCGCCUCUGGUUCCGGCUGCACGGCUCCUCGCUGGAGAACGAGAUCUGCGUCCUGGGAUUCUCCGACUUCCACAACCCCUUCCGCCAACCCUUGGACUGCCGCGUCUGCCGCAACAUCACCGCCGUCGACAGGAAGAGCAACCUGAGCCAUGAGGAGUUCCUGCGGGCCUACGCCUACUCCAUGCAGCCGGUGGUGGUGGAGGACGGUCAGAGGAACUGGUCGGCCAGGGAGGUCUUCAGCUUCGAGUUCUUCUCCCAGAUCUACAGCAGCGGCAGCAGCGCCCUGGACAACAGCGGCAGCGAAUGUCAGUUCUUCCCCUACGACACGGAGUUUCACAAUUUAAGGGAUGUUUUCGGAAUGGAGGCCGGCCGUGCUGGCAUGCACGGCAAUGCCAAGCCUUGGUACAUUGGAUGGAGUAACUGUGAUUCGAGUGCAGCUAGUAUUUUGAGGCAGCACUACAAGCGGCCGUAUUUUAUCCCAGCCAUUUCCGAAUCUAGUAAAAUGGACUGGAUAUUCAUGGGAGUGCCAGGGCAUGGAGCCCAUAUGCAUAUUGAUGAUGUAGAUAAUCCAUCCUGGCAGGCCCAGAUCAGAGGCAUCAAACACUGGAAGCUGGAACCCCCUGCAGAAUGCUACUAUGAAUGCUCUUCACUGGAAGCCAUCGUGUACCCUGGGCAAAUAAUUGUGCUGGACACAAAUAAAUGGUUUCACGAAACCCACAUUUUGGGAGAAGAACUCAGUAUUACUAUUGGUUCGGAAUAUGACUGAGCUGUGCAAGGUCUUAACCUCGGGAAAAGAAACACUCAGUGCCAUAUUACUGGCAUUAAAGGAAGAUUGGAGAAAGGCUGCAGGAUUGGUAAUUGUGUGCAAUACCAUCUGUGUGCAUUGGAUAACAAUCCACACCACCUCAAAUGGUGAUUAACAGAAGUGACUAAUAGAUUGUAAUGUGCUCUCAGCUGGAAGUCUUUUGAAGAAUGCUAAUUAUUGUUUGGGAGUUCCAAACAUUUAAACAUCACUUCUACAUAAAGAUGGACUGGAAUGUGUCAAUAUUUUCUUGGAAUCCUCAUGUGGAUACUGUUCAAGCCUGUGAUUGUAGAGUGCCCCAACCAAAUUCAAUCUGAGUUAUAGAAAUGUUGCCUUAUUUCCCCUCCCUCUGAAUCCAGCUAGAUAGUCUGAACAGUUCAACAUAUUUUGGAUUGUAAUUGUUUCACUUAUUUGGCUGCUAGAUUAUUGCAGUCAACGACUUCAGCAGCUUUCUCCUGAAGACAUUGGUGUUUACCCUCCAUGGACAUGGUUCUCUUAAUCCUCUGGUACUGCCAUGCUCUCGUAACCCACUUAUAAACUGAUGUAUUCUCUUCCUGCUUUGGCUUCCAGUGAAAUGAGUUUGUAGUCACUUGAUCAUUUUUUCAUUUUUAAGAAAAAUAAUUUUCAAAGUAGCGUGAUUGGAUAAAAACAUUUUUUUACUCUAUUUCCUUUCUUGUAACUGCCAUAUUGAAAUUGAAAAGUAGCAGAUGUGAUUACUGCAGGUGUUUCCAUGAUGUACUUUGCAAUUUGGCGUUAACCUAUCAAAGUAUUUAUAACUCAAUGCCAAAAAUAUUUACGAAUGUGAAGAGUAUUAGACAGAUUUUACUCAUUAGUUACAAUGGAAGUAAUGCAAUAAUGAAAAACUAAUUCAUAACAUCAUAGGAAGUAUAUAUAGUUCGUACAGCUUCCGAUUUGAGUUUUAUGAUUCACUGGAUCAACUGGAUGCUGAGAUAGAGUUACACAGUCUUAAGGUCCUAGGUUUGUAUGUUGGCUGAAGUAGAAUCAGUGAGUUAUGGCAUUAAUCUAUGUGUUACAAGGUGUGAUGUGUAACUUAAUUGUCUGGUUUUGAUGGCAUCCUCAAAACACAUAGUCAUUUCACGUUUGCUUGGGAUCUUCUCUGAACUUUAUUGGAUUCUAUAAUUCCCAUCUAUAUAUGAACUUAUUCCAUAUGGCGCUCUAAAACAAAGGAGUUUCUAGUCACCUUUGUAUUCACUGACACUUUGUAAGUAGUACCAAAUAAGUACAGAAGUGCAGAAAAAAGGAUGCUGAAUCACUGGGGAAAAAAAAAUGGAAAAUGCUGGAAACGGUCAACUUGUCAAGCAGCAUCUGUGGAGAGAAAAACAAUUAAUAUUUUGCGUUAAUAAUCCUUCAUCAGAACUUGCAGAGUUUACUGUAUUACAUGUAGCAACUGUUAAAUUCCUUGGGAUUGCUUCUACAGAAAUGACACCUACUGCAGUGUUUGUAAUGGGUAAUAAUUUUGUAUGUGGCUUAAAGGUUUAUUGUUGUCAGAAAGUCAAGUAGUUAUCCUGACUUGCAAUAUUCAUAGUUCUAAUGGACAUGUUAACUUCAUAAGUUACUCAUAACCCAUGUAAGAUAUGUGGAAAUAAAGCA